AUGUCCUCAUCAAGUGCUGCUGCUUUACUCUUACGGCAAUUUCGUGAACUCACAGACCCUAAAAAGGCCAUUCCAUCAUUUCAUAUUGAACUGGAAGAAGAUAACAUCUUUCUGUGGAAUAUCGGGGUCAUGGUGUUGAAUGAAGAAUCUGCAUAUCAUGGCGGUUACUUUAGAGCUCAAAUGAAGUUCCCUGCUGAUUAUCCAUUCUCGCCACCAACUUUUAGAUUUACUCCAGCUAUUUAUCAUCCAAAUGUUUAUCGUGAUGGUAGAUUAUGUAUUUCAAUCUUACAUCAAGGUGGUGAUCCAACUUCUGAUGAACCAGAUGCUGAAACUUGGUCUCCUGCUCAAACUGUGGAAACUGUUUUGAUUUCUAUUGUUUCCUUAUUAGAAGAUCCAAAUCCUUCAUCUCCUGCUAAUGUUGAUGCUGCUGUUGAUUGGAGAAAAAAACAAGAUCAAUAUAGAAAAAAAGUUGCAUUAGAAGUUGAAAGAUCAAAACAAGAUAUCCCACCAGGAUUUAUCAUGCCAACUUCUGAAAGUGCUUAUGUUUCUUCAAAUGCAACUCCAAUGGAAGAUGAAGUUGUUGAUGAAAAUUUUUGGUAUGAUUCAGAAGAAGAAAGUUAUGAUGAUGAUAGCAUAAUGGAUGACGCUGAAGGUAACGAUGAAGAAGAUGAAGAUGAAGAAGAAGAAUUAUCUGAUGAUGAAGAUAAAUGA